AUGACAUUGCGUACAGCACUGUGUGCCGAGAAUGACAAGUGGUGGGGCAGCUGGGAAAAGGCUGGCAGCCGCAAAAAGGGACACAAGGAGAAGAACAAAGACGGCCCCGCUCUAGCAGAGGACGACGACGCCGAAGGAGACUUUUGGGACAUGCCAGACACGUCUGCCCCAGAUGCAGAGGGUGGCUUGGAUCGGUGGACCUUGGGCCGCCUUCCGGGACACGAGCAAGCUGCAGAGGAUGGCAUGGCGGUACCCAAGGCGAUGCCAAACAAUGCCUUGACCGUGGAGGCAUUAGAGCGUGACCACCUGGCAGCUGCCCCCACAGUGGCGCCGCAGGUGGCAGCUCCAGCCCCCAUGAACGCGCCCAGUGGCAAUUGGAUGGUGGAUGGCCUACCACCACCUCAGCAGGACCUUUUGGCAGCACUGGGUGCGCCAGUGGCCGCAUCUUCCAGCUCUGCCCCAGCAGAGGAUAGAAACCAGGAUAGGCCUGAGCGCGGCGAGAAAGGCCGCGGGAAGGGCAAGAAAGGUAAAGACCGAGAGAAGGGUGCCGAGGGCGAGAAGGAGCGACUAGAGCGCAUAGAUCGCUCAGACGAUCCUCGUCGGCAAGCGGUCGAGCAGGUCGGAGAAGUCGUUACGGUGCGCAAGCACAGCUCAAUGGGCUGUGCCGUCGUAUCCAUGACCGAUGUCAGGGUGCGACAGGCAAUCGUGGCCGAAGGCAACGAAUGCACAAUCAAUGGCCUCAAGGUCCAAAUCAAACCGCAUCACAACAAGGACACCAAAGAAGAGGUUCUGACCGACCUGUUCGUCGCUUGGGGUAGACAGGUAGAGAAGGUGAGUCCCCUUUCGGAAGAGAAGAUUGCCCAGUACUUUGACAAAAAGUACAAGGACAUCAUCGCAGGAUGGAAGGCAGCUGAGGAGGAGAGGAGGCAAGCGGAGGAGCAACAACGGCAAGAGAUUGUUUUAAAGCAGAGAACUGAAGAGCGUAGACGAUACGAAGAAGAAGAGCAAAAGCGACGCCAGCAAGAGGCUGAGCAGCAGCAGAAAUGGAUGAGUCAACAGUGGAUGCAACAAGCUGGUGGCGUGGUGCCGCAGGGCGGAGCAGUUAGGGGCAUGGGAGCCACCGCUGAUGCGUAUCAAGCACAGCUGCAGCAGCAACAGCCACAGCAGCAGCAACAAGCAGCAGCCAUGCAGUGGAACCCGUCCCAGCAGCAGCAGUGGAUGCAGGCAAUGGCAUACCAGGCACAGGGGUGGCAGAUGGCUCAGCGAGGUCUUCAGAUGCAGGGCAUGGCCCAGGCAGCCUCGGGUCAGGACCAGGCGGAUUGGCGGGCUUACUACCAGCAGUAUGUAGAUCAACAGCAGCGUGGCCAGAAUGCUUUUGCUGCACAACAGCAAGCGGGCGGGUAUCAGAACCAGCAAGCCUUCAACUAUGGCACAUACUCGCGCGGUGAGCGCAUUUGAGGGCGCUGUAGGGCUGCCUUGAGACGCCCGCAGAUGGCUGAGACAUGUGAGAGGUUGUAGGAUGCUCCAUUAGUCCGUGUCACAUUCAGUGCAAGCGGAU